AAUUCCCGCUGCCAGUGGGCGCCGAACCACGAUAGGCAGGGCGGUGUGAAGCUCAGCGACUAGUCAGGCAGGGACAGCUGGUAGGCGGUCAUAGAAAACGAGUUUAACAGCACCAUGGCUUCCAACGACAAGACCCCCGCCGCCCCUCGCUACCAAGACGGCGCCGCCUACUUCGACAUGGGCGAGCACACCCUCCGUGUGCCCAUGAGCCUCCAUGCCGAGAACCGCGAGCGCCUGUGCAAGCGCCUGAAGAACCGCAGUGUGCCUUCGGGAAGCGUCGUUCUCCUCCAGGGCGGCGAGGACACCACCCGCUACUCCUCGGACAUGGAAAACGUCUUCCGCCAGAUCCCUGAGAUCCUACGCGGGAUGGCCACCGGCAGCCUCCUCACCCUGCGCGGCACCAACACGGACAGCGGGAAGACCACUCGUGAAGCUGCCUUCGAGGGCAUCAGCGAAUUCCAAGUUGAUAAUUCCAUUCUCCACGAUGAAAUAGCAGACUGUCGAGUCACUAAAACUGAGGCAGAACUAGAGGUGCUGAGGUUUGCAUCCAGAGUGUCUGCUGCUGCCCAUAAAGCUGUGAUGCGCAAGAUCCGUCCUGGAAUGAAAGAAUACCAACUUGAAGCUAUCUUCCAACACCACUCUUACUACCAUGGUGGUUGUCGUCACCAGGCCUACACUAACAUAUGUGGUUCUGGGUGCAAUGCUGCUGUGCUUCACUAUGGACAUGCUGGUGCACCAAAUGCUAGAACUGUGGGUGAUGGAGACAUCUGUCUGUUUGACAUGGGUGCUGAAUAUUACUGCUAUACCAGUGAUAUCACUUGCUCUUUCCCCGCAAAUGGAAAAUUCACAGAAGAUCAGAAGGCUAUCUAUAAUGCUGUUCUUAAUGCCUCACUUGCUGUUAUGGCUGCAGUGCGUCCAGGAGUGUCUUGGGUAGAGAUGCAUCGUGUGGCAUACCGAGCAAUGCUGGAGAAGCUGAAGGAAGCAAACAUCGUUCAAGGAGAUAUUGAUGAAAUGAUGAAGGUCAAUUUGGGUGCAGUGUUCCAGCCCCAUGGUUUAGGACAUUUAUUGGGUCUCGAUGUCCAUGAUGUUGGUGGCUACCUUGAGGGUAACCCAAAUCGUCCUCAAGAGCCAGGCUUCCGCUCCUUGCGAACAGCCAGGACUCUUGAGGAAAACAUGGUUCUUACCAUUGAACCUGGGUGCUACUUCAUUGACCAUCUCCUGGACCAGGCUCUUGCUAACCCAGAGCAAGCUCGUUUCUUGGUUCCUGAGGCCAUUGCCCGCUUCCGCGGAUUUGGUGGAGUGAGAAUUGAGGAUGACAUUGUUGUCACAGCCAAUGGCAUGGAAGACUUGACUGGAGGAAGCAUACCAAGGACUGUGGAAGCUAUUGAGCAGCACAUGGCUGAAGGUCAAAAGGAGGAAGAAAUGUUCAUCCCUCAGCUCCAUGCCCAGGACAAACUGGGUAACUAAAAACAAGGUCUUGCCAUACUUUAAAAGGAAACAGUAGCUAAUCUUUCACUAAUGUAACUACAAAAUAUGACCCAGAUUGUUACAGUACAAAUAAAGUUUCCAGCAGUGUCUUCAGAUAAUUAGCACAAAAUGUGGUACUUCAUUGUGUAAGACUAUAUAUUCUUGAUGAUAUUUGCUUUUGUACCAGAUUAAUAGGUUACUACCUGAUUAGUUAUAAUACAUAGGUGAGAAUUAACUUAAAUUGUUGUUAUUUGAUAUUAUUGGGGAAAUGAAAUAUUUUCACAUUAUUAUUUUUAACUGAUUUUAUGUCCAGCUAUUUGCCACUACUAACUUGUCAAUGUCACAAAUAUGUGUUGGAUAUAUACUCAAGCAUAUAGAAUACUGUUUAACGAGGAAUUUGUUUCAGUUUAAGUGUACCACUUAUUUUUUAUAGAUAUAAUAACAUCACCUUUUAUAUAUCAGAUGAUUAUGUUUCUCUGCAAUUGAUAGCAAAUAGUUGACCCUAUAUAACUCAAUAUUGUGGGUUUCAUAAUGUGAAAGAUUACUGUGGGGAAAGAGUUGUGAUCACUUUUGUACAUGUUCACCUUUUAUGUAUCAGGGGAAAGAAUAUAUAUAUAUGUUGGAAAUAAAGUUUUGGUGACUCA